AUGCGCGCUCGAAGGAACCGUGUCAUGGCCGGCCCGGAGCGGCCCCCAUAUCCCGGAAAGCAGUUGCUCAUCCUAGCACUCUGCCGGAUAUGCGAGCCCAUCGCAUUCAUGUCCAUCUUCCCAUACAUCUAUCACAUGGUCAAGGACUUCAACCUGACGGAUGACGAGAGCCAGAUCUCGUUUUAUGCUGGCAUGGUGACCUCAGCCUUUACCUUUGCCGAGUUCUCGACCAGUGUUUUCUGGGGAAGACUCAGCGACAAAAUCGGCCGGAAACCCGUGUUACUAAUGGGAAUGGGCGGUACGGGCUUGAGCGUUCUCAUCUUUGGCUUCGCGCCAAACCUCCCAGUCGCCCUGCUCGCUCGCGCUCUGGGCGGAUUCUUGAACGGCAAUAUUGGAGUGUUACAGACAACCGUAGGCGAGAUGGUGACGGUCAAAGAACAUCAGCCACGCGCCUACGCGGUUAUGCCGUUAGUCUGGUGCAUAGGCUCGAUUGUUGGGCCCAUGAUUGGGGGCGCACUUGCGAAACCGGUCGAGAACUUGCCGUCGGUUUUUGCACCGGGCAGUCUGUGGGACCGCUUCCCGUACCUACUGCCCAACCUCUUCAGCGCCAUCUGCGUCUCGCUCGGAGUGAUUACUGGCCUCUUGUUUCUGGAAGAAACGCAUGCCGAGAAGAGGCACCACCGCGAUCGCGGUCGGGAGCUUGGUGACUACCUGCUAUCCCAUUUGCGCGGAAGCAGCGAGCUGGCCGAGGACAGAUCUCUAGCCAAGGACGCCGAGAACCAACCUCUCCUGUUUGAGACCGAGGAGUCACUGCCUGGGUAUCUUACGAACGGUGACUCGGCUCGCCAGUCAUCGGCAAUCGGUAUAUCCGGACAAGAAGCAAGGGACCUUGAAGAGGGAUGCGGCAGUCAGGGUUCGAAGAAGGCGACAACCAUUUUCACUAAGCCGGUCGUUACCAUCAUUUCCUCGUACGGCAUCCUCGCGUUCCACACCAUGGUCUUCGAUUCGUUGCUUCCCGUGUUUCUCAGCACGAACGCACCAGAGAAUCAUCUACCAGUCUCGCUCCCCUUCAAGUUCGCCGGCGGCUUCGGCCUGGACACGCGGACGAUCGGCGUCAUCUUGUCGGUUCAGGGGCUUUACUCGAUGGUAUCGACGCACUUCCUGUUCCCCUUGAUUACCGAAAAGCUGGGUCCGCUCCGACUUUUCAAGCUCAUGUCGAUGCUGUACCCGCUGCUUUACUUUUUCACGCCAUACAUCGUCCUCCUUCCCGAGAGCCUACGCAUGGCCAGCGUGUACAUGAUCGUCAUCUGGAAGUGCACCUUCUCGACACUGGCUUACCCAAGCAACGCCAUCCUUAUCACCAACUCGGCCCCGACCACAUUGACGCUGGGCACCAUCAACGGGGCGGCUGCCUCGACAGCCAGUUUAUGCCGCGCGCUGGGGCCCAUCGUCUCGGGGCUCCUGUACACGAUGGGCAUGGAAAGCGGGUACUCGGGCCUAUCUUGGUGGGUCACUGGAUUGGUGACCAUCGGCGGCGCUUUGGUCGGCAUGAAGAUCACGGAACCCCGGGGAAGGAUGGACGAGAAGGACGACAUCGAGGCCGUCACUGAAUCGCAGGCUACUCGGGACAGCGCAGGAACUAGCGAGAGGCAUGCUGAGCAGGAGUGA